CUCGAAUUCGUCAAGGAAAGCAAUAUGAAAACGAUGCUGGUUAUUGAACUGGUGGUCGUUGUGAAUAUCAAAGAGGAGUUAAAAAAAUGCACUAGCAAAAGUGAAUAUGAUGCAAAAAGGCAAAAUUAUAUUCGGCAAUGCGAAGAAGCUGAAUCAGGUUUAAAAACAAAAACUGGUCCUACUAGUUCCAUGUUUAACAUUUGCAUUAUUUGGUCUGAUGAAGCUACUAAUAAAACAGUAGAAAGCAAA